GCGAGAAGAGAAGAGAAGUUACCAUUCCAAGUACCAAAGAAAGAAUCUUCAGAUCGUCAGCCAUCCUACCGAUCAAAAUAAUAUAUAUUAUUGUUUCUUCCCUGAGUUUUAAGGGUUCAUCUUCUUCGCGCUAACGAACGACUUCGAGCUGUAGAGAAGGAUGUCAAGGGCUCGGGUAUAUGCCGAUGUAAACGUUCACCGUCCCCGGGAGUACUGGGAGUACGAGUCUCUCAUCGUGCAGUGGGGGGAUCAAGAUGAUUAUGAGGUUGUUAGAAAGGUUGGAAGAGGAAAGUACAGUGAAGUUUUUGAAGGCAUAAAUGUCACAAAUAAUGAAAAAUGUGUCAUCAAGAUCCUUAAGCCUGUGAAAAAGAAGAAGAUAAAACGAGAAAUACAAAUACUUCAGAAUCUUUGUGGAGGCCCAAAUAUAGUGAAGCUUUUUGACAUUGUAAGAGAUCAACACUCAAAGACUCCAAGCUUAAUUUUUGAAUAUGUCAACAGUACAGACUUCAAAGUUCUAUACCCAACACUGACAGACUACGAUAUACGUUACUACAUCUAUGAGCUCCUCAAGGCUUUAGAUUAUUGCCAUUCUCAAGGCAUAAUGCACAGGGAUGUCAAGCCUCAUAAUGUUAUGAUUGACCACGAGCUAAGAAAACUUCGCUUGAUUGAUUGGGGACUUGCUGAGUUCUACCAUCCAGGAAAAGAGUACAAUGUCCGAGUCGCUUCAAGGUAUUUCAAGGGUCCUGAACUUCUUGUGGAUUUGCAAGAUUAUGACUAUUCUUUGGACAUGUGGAGUCUGGGCUGUAUGUUUGCAGGAAUGAUCUUCCGCAAAGAACCAUUUUUCUAUGGUCAUGAUAACCGUGAUCAGCUUGUUAAGAUUGCCAAGGUGUUAGGUACGGAUGAAUUGAAGACAUAUUUGAACAAGUAUCAUCUAGAACUUGAUCCUCAGCUUGAUGCUCUUGUUGGAAGGCAUAGCAGGAAGGCCUGGUCUAGAUUUGUUAAUGCAGAGAACCAACAUCUUGUUUCACCUGAAGCCAUUGAUUUCUUAGACAAGCUUUUGCGUUAUGAUCAUCAAGAUAGGCUAACAGCAAAAGAAGCAAUGGCUCACCCAUAUUUUCAUCAAGUGAGGGCUGCAGAAACUAGCAGGAUGAGAAUGCAACAAUGAUAAAUAGAUAGAGAGAUGCUUCAAAGAUAGUGUUUUGUUUUACCUUAUUAUUAUUACUGGUUUGAUUGUUUGAUUUAAUGUGAAUACUAGAACAGACUGCUAUUUUUUUUUUCAUUGGAUUUAUCAUCUCUAUAGUCAGUCUUUGACAAUAUGUUUUAUAUGUGUCAUGUUUGUAAUCUAAGAAAGAAGCAUUAGCAAAAUUGAUUUAAGAUUGAACAAACAGGGAUAACUUAUAUAUAUAUGUAUGUAUACAUAUACUACAAGGAUGAUGAUUUAUAUAUAUACAUAUUUGAGA